AGACUGUUUUUUGUAAUGAAUGCAUUUCUCUGAUGAAAUGGCUAACUAAUCAGCUACCUGAGUUCAAUUUCCUUCCUGUCCAGCUGUAUAAUAUCGGUAAAAACAGACAUGUGCAUGGGAUUCGGCGGAAAACAUAGUUGCGAUGAUUAUUAUUGGAGAGACGCCCUGCGCCGACGUUAUCGAAAGACGCCAUCAGCUGGAGCCCGACGCCCCAGUCUCACGGUACACAUGGCUGAAACCGGUGGACUUCUUCUCUCCUAGCCUAGGCCUAUAUGUGAUGUAUUUGCUGCGUCACAGCGCCAUCCUCUCCAGAAGGGCCUGUAGACACGGACUGUUCUCUUUAUUGGUGCUUUGGUUGUUGCCCUUCUGCCUCUCAAAACCGCCCAACCAUGCCUCAGAUACGUACAAGCACGAGUCGGUCAGCUUCGACUCCAAGAACCAGGACGUGGACGUCCUCUACAAGGCAAUCUCCACCGAUGUGCCCCAGAAGCAAACCCCCGUUUUGGACGAGGAAGGCCCCACAGCAGUUUCUGAGCCACCUGUGGAAAAGACAACGCAAAAUGCUGCUCCUUACUUGGACAGAUAUCACGUGAUUAAAGUUUCGUUCGAUAGAGUUCAGACACCGUUCAUAAUAGGACUGUGGAUAUUUUGCGCUAGCUUGGCGAAAAUUGGAUUCCACAUGGCUCCAAAAUUGAGCAAGAAGUUUCCGGAAUCCUGCCUCCUGAUAUUUGUCGGAGUUGUGAUAGGAGUGAUAUUGGUCCAUGUAACUGACAGCGUUCACCUCACAGACAGUGCUCAUGUCUCCCCGUUAACACCAGAUACGUUUUUCUUCUAUAUGCUUCCACCUAUCAUUUUAGAUGCAGGGUAUUUCAUGCCCAAUAGACUCUUUUUCGAUCACCUUGGUACCAUUUUGUUAUUUGCCGUUAUCGGAACUAUUUUCAAUACCUUGACUAUAGGUGCUUCCUUGUGGGCAGUAGGACUGACAGGACUGUUCUCCUGUGACACACCUCUGCUGGACAUGUUCCUGUUCGGAUCACUGAUUUCCGCGGUGGAUCCAGUAGCUGUGCUCGCCGUCUUUGAAGAAAUACACGUGAACGAAAUUUUGUACAUUGUUGUUUUCGGAGAGUCCCUCCUCAACGACGCUGUUACUGUUGUCCUUUAUCAUCUCUUUGAAUCGUACAAGCUGAUCGGGAUCAAAGAUGUCGUCUAUACGGACGUUGUGUCGGGCUUCGCGAAUUUUUUCGUGGUCGCUAUCGGCGGUACUGUGAUAGGGGUUUUAUGGGGUUUCGCCACGGGUUUUGUGACGCGGUUCACGAAUGAAGUGCGUGUGAUUGAACCUAUUUUUAUAUUUGUGAUGGCUUACUUAGCCUACCUCAACGCUGAGAUAUUCCACAUGUCAGGGAUACUUGCGAUAACAUUUUGCGGAAUUACAAUGAAGAACUACGUAGAGGCGAACAUAUCUCAUAAAUCCCAUACAACAAUAAAGUAUACAAUGAAAAUGUUGAGUAGUUCAUCGGAAACGAUUAUUUUCAUGUUGUUAGGAGUAGCAACCGUUAGUAAUACCCAUGAGUGGAACACCUGGUUCGUCCUGCUCACAAUAAUAUUCUGCUCAGUAUAUAGAGUUAUAGGAGUAAUUAUUUUCACUGCGAUAGCCAACCGCUUUCGUCUACAUCAACUAGACAUGGUAGAGAAAUUUGUUUUAUCGUAUGGUGGCCUAAGAGGAGCUGUGGCAUUCGCUUUAGCGCUUCUCAUAAAAGAAGAAGCGGUGCCACACAAGUCCAUGUACAUAACAACCACAAUAGCAGUUGUCUACUUCACAGUUUUUUUCCAGGGUAUGACCAUAAAGCCCUUAGUUAAGAUACUGAACGUGAAAACUGCCGAAAAACGAAAACCAACAAUGAAUGAGAGGAUACACGAGAGGUUGAUGGAUCAUACAAUGGCCGCAAUUGAGGAUAUUUUGGGCCAGCAUGGCAACUAUCAUAUCAGAGACAGAUUCAAGCGUUUCGACAACAAAUUCAUCAGGCCACUGCUUUUGAGGAAUCAUCAAGGAGCAGAACCAAAAAUUCUGGAAACAUAUUCCAAAUUGGCAAUGAGAGACGCUAUGGAUUAUAUGCGCCGAAAUGCUUCAACUAUUGGCAAUAUUUCAGGGACAGAGAGUAUGUCCGCAAUAUUCAAAAAUUACACAGCAAAUAACUUGAAUGGAAGUACAAGCUUUAGUCAACUGGAUUCCAGUACUUGGAAUAUUGAUAUGCAAGAAUUGGAGUACAAUCCAUCGAAGAAGGAUCUGACCGACGCAAGGAUCCACCAUUUGUUGGCCGAAGAACUGGUGAAGCCCUACAGAAGGGUCUUGUUGCAGCAUCGGAGACUAAGCUACAGCCGUCAUGCUGUAAACGAUAGGGAUUUGUCAACACAAGUCAAUUAUAAAAUGCACUACAACAUGAGGAGGUUGGUCGCUGAUCGUAAACACCACCAUAGUAAACGUCAUAGUAAAAAAAUGCAUAAGGAUGGAAAACACAAUCAUGUCAGCUUCCCAGAAUUUCAACAAAAUGGCACUGCCAAGCAGUUUUCGCAUGAUUACAUAAACGAGGUACUUCAAGAAGAUAAUCCAGCUUCUAAAGGUGAUAAAGAAGACUGGGAUAGUCCUAUUACUUUCACAGCAAAAUCUUCACCCAGUACAGAAACUGACGUGAGCGGUAGUUUCACAAACCAGAAAAUACCAUUGAUGGGAUUGAAAAUUAAAAAAUGUACGUUAUCUGAAGCUGUGCUUCCAUGGAAAAGGGAACGCCUCACCCUUCCCUAUGUUGCAGGUGAUAACAUGAUUUCGAGCUCGGGAAAACGAUCUUCACGAAGUUCAAUAGAUGGUGGAGAUUUGAUGCGAGUGACCACACCUACUGCUACCGAGACUAUGCUACCUUGGAAACGUGGCGAAGAAGAGAACUCAGCACCCCUACAACAAUCAGAAUUUCCUGCUUGGGCGUCCAACAAAGAGUACCUAGCUUACAACUCUCCAUCAGCAACUUUCCUAGGCGGAAUAGAGAAUCAUCGAUCCUCAGUCAUCGGACUAUUCAGGAGAGAAAGUGUAGGAUCUGAACACUACAGCAGUAACGACUCCACCCCUAAAAAGGAACGACGCGAAUCAUCAGGUACUUAUAAUACCCCGACCACGUCGAUUGACGAUAGGAAUCCGGAUCCCUUAGGGGUUGUGCAAAAAACCCUGUCGGCUAACACCAUUCCGCCACUGCCUCAACCCCCACAAACACCCGGACAACGAAGACAAAACAGGAGAGGGUCUAUGCUCGAGCUAACUGGAUCAAUAAAACAAGUAACCAUACCAGAAGAAAGUGGGAACCGAAACGGAGCCAUCAGAAAAUCGUCUUGGUUGCAACCAAACACUAGUGGUAGAGUAAAGUCCGCUGCUAGUAAACAGCCUAGUUUUGGCACCAAGCUAAUCGGAACAGUUUCAUCUCCCUCCGAUUCCGAAACAGAAAGUGAUCAUUCAGAUGCCGAUAUAGAAUGUCUUAUGAAAACUGUAUUGUAAAUAAGUGUUAGGAAAGGUACCUUCACCAAUUCGUACCAACAGAAAAUGACCCGAUGGCUUGAAAACAAGAGGGCUAACAUUGAAAGAAGCUGAAUAUCAGCAAUUAUGCCAAGACAACAAUUCACUUGUACAGAUUUCGUUUUCAUACAGAGCGGCCCAAAUAAAAUUGCUCAGCUGAAGAUUUCCGUAAGUAGGAUUUUCCAAAAAAUUUCUAUUUGGGUCAGUUUUUAUUUGAAGGAAAAUCUUUUGAUUGCGAAUUCGUUUGUAUACUAUAAUCCUCUUCAGUGAGGUUUGGCAACCCCCUCAAGAAUAUGAAAGUAAAUAGGGGUCGAUUGCUAUAUUAUUCUGGAGGUUCUACAAUUUCCAUUGAAGUUUCUGAGAAGAAGAAGGAGUUUUAUUAAGAAAACCGAAUAUCUACUUAUGCCUCAAAGCGUCAACAUAAUUCCCUCAAGAGUGAUACAUUCAUUGCAAUACUGUGCUGACUUUUCGAUGCUCUUGUGUGUCUUUGAGCUCAAAAAAGAUAAAAAAAUCCCCAAACUUGAUUCGUUCAGAAACUUGGACAAUUAAUAAUCUCCGUACCUUACCUCCAACAGAUAUUUUGAAGCAUAUUCAUAAAUAAAACUGGCAAACUCUCGAAUUUGUAAUUGAAAGAUGUCCCCAAAAAUAAAAAUUUAGCUGUCUCUUGAAAACUUACGAAAAUAUCCAUCUGGACACUUUUAUGAGGGCCACCACGUAUAUUGAUGGGAGAGAUAAAAUAGUUGGAAGAUUGUACAAAUUCCGUGAGCCAUAAAGAUAUAUAACCGAAAAAUAAUGAUUGAAAAAAUUUUUAAUUACUAAUCUGCAGGGAAGCACCAAUUUUCGAAUCUGCUGUUCGCGUGGACUUCGAAAAAAAUGUUGAAGUGAUACGACAGAUCGAUACAGAGAAAUUUUUGAGUGUUAAUGAAAAAGAUAUCACUCAUAUUUUAAGUGCGAAAUAUUUCGAAAGUGUUGGAAGAAAAAACUAUUUUAGGAAUCAUUUUAGACUGUUGCUUUAUAUUUGAAACGAAAAAUGGAAAAGUAGUAUAUGAUGUGGUAUUUUGCUCCCAGAAUUUAAAUGAAACUUUUUUCAUGCUAAAUUUUUAUAAUGAAUAUUACGUACUAUUCGACUCCAUAUACCACUUCAAAUUCGUUUUUUAAUUCGGUUUUUCCAAAUACAUACAUACACAUAAAAUACUUGUAUAGAACGUUAUACAUAGGACGCAGAAAUAAAUGAGGGAUAUUCAGAUGAUAGUCAAAGUUAUUUAACAUUUAUAUCUACGGUAUUUGAGAAAAAUUCGGUUUUACGAGUAAAAGGACAGACGAAAACCGUGAAUAAAGUACAUUGAGCUGAGUUGAAAAACACAUCUUAUGUGUGUCUUAGGUACUCCGUUUUUUUUUAAUUUCUGAAAUUUUCGUUUGUCUGUAACUGCUGAAAUUCUCGAUCGAUUCGACUGUUGAUUCAUUAUCAGAUUGGAGUUGUUAGUUUCAAUGAAACAAAAAUUUAAAAUUGGACAAAGCUCAGGACCGAACUCAUUAAGGCUAUAUUCGAAUUCAAACUCCUGAAAAACACCCAGUAUGUAGUUUUUCAUCAUAAUUUUCGAAUUUUAGUUUUGAUGAAUCGUUGAAAUGCCCCAUACGUGGAUCAUUCUCAAUGAAUGUUUUGUGGUCGAACGCCUCUUGAAAAAACAGCCCUGCAUAAAAAUGGAUUUGGAAAUGUUCAACUGACUUUUUUCGCUCUCAAAAUAUGGCUUGCAUUUGUUUUUGAUAUUCAUAACAUAUCUAUGGUUUUUCAGAAUUGUCAUUUACAGUGAUAAUAAGCUAUAUUAUUGAUGAUGAACACAGGUAGAAAUAUAAUA